CUGGCCAAGCAGCUUCCACUGCUGGUGUGGGAGGAUGGAUUGUAGGAGAAGAGAGACAGUGCUGAAGUCAAUCUCGCCCCUGAGGAGUUGCAGCUGGACUAAUUACUAAAGAGUAGGAACAGACCUGCCCUUAAUACAGCACAGCUGUGUCCAAUAAGGAUGGUCCAGUAAGGAUGGAUGUUAUAAAAGAGUGGCUUAGGCUGGUCAAGAGAGAGUUGGGAGUCAGCUGCUGUGAGGAGCAAGGGUUAGGCAGGUGUGCUAGGGACAGAAGGGGUCAGGUGUUCAUGUUAGGAAGAGUAAGGGUCAGUAUGUGCUGCUGGGACAGAUGGGGUCAGGCAGUUGUGCUGGGGACAGGAAGUCAGCCAGCUGAGCAGAAGAAAGAGAAAAGGGUGAGGGUUGUGAGAAGCUGCCUGUGAGCACUCACAGAGAGGUGGUCUGAAAGUCUUGCAGUAAGAUAACAACCUAACAGUGACAGUUCCCACCCGCCCUCGGCUGGUGCCAAGCGCCAACGCCAACAAUUAGUGGCCUGUAUAGGGAUGAGUUCCGACAUGGUGGCUUUUUAGGAUUCAGGAGCUUGUGGAGCAAGUUAAAGGAAUAGCAGACACAAAUGGCUUUGACUGAGAAGGUCUGUAUGAUUGUUUUCUUGAAAUAGAGCAUAAAGUAGCUGAAACCUAUUCAAGAAAGAAGAAUUUCGCUCAAAAACCACACAAGAUAAGCUCUUGUAUAACUUUGGCUACUACCCUAGACUAAACCUAUUUGAAAGGGGUUUUCUUCUGAGUGGUGUGAAGAAUGAAGAGUAAUAUGGUUAAAACAGAUUUCCCUUAUACAAGUGAUAUGAAAGGUGAAUAUUUCAUUUGUUUUAAAUCAAGUCAUCCUGCUGUCAUUAGAAAUCUCAGAGGUUCAGCCUUGUAGAAGGAUUUAAAGGCAGCACUUCAACAAUAAUCGGAUUAGAAGGACUUGCAUAGCUCCAUGGUCUAAAAACAAGAUAAAAGAAACCAGAGUUCAAACUUGCCACAAAGCAAGGCAGUGAGUUGUGUGGUGCAGAAUCAACCCACGGUCCUGAGCCAGUGAUUUUGGCAACCUGAAGCAGGGAUGCCUGCAGAUUUCAAUGGGUACUGGAAAAUGGUCAGCAAUGACAAUUUUGAGGAGUAUCUGAAAGCACUGGAUGUAAAUGUUGCUGUAAGAAAAAUAGCAAACUUACUAAAGCCUGACAAGGAAAUCCUUCAAAACGGGGAUCAUAUGAUCAUUAAAACACUAAGCACUUUUAGAAACUACAUCAUGGAAUUUGAUGUAGGGAAGGAGUUUGAGGAGGAUUUAUCUGGGGUGGAUGACCGCAAGUGCAUGACUACUGUGUCUUGGGAUGGAGAUAAGCUGCUUUGUGUACAGAAUGGAGAGAAGGAAGGCCGUGGCUGGACCCAGUGGAUUGAAGGAGAUGAAAUGCACUUGGAAAUAAGAGUGUGUGGAGUCACAUGUAAGCAGGUCUUUAAGAAGGUGCAGUGAGCUACUGCUGCUACAGGAGUGAAGAACAACAGAAUUUACUGACUUGCCAGCUCCAAAUACUAGUACUGAGCAUCGUCAGCAGCAAGAGCAAACACAGAAAUGAAGAUCGCAUUAGAACCAUAUAGCUGGAAUAAAAUAUUUUUAGGAAAUUGAAAAAAAUGACUGCAAAUAAAACUACUUUUAGAAGUGCCAAUUAAAGAUACUAAACUCUCUAAA